GGAAGUAGACGUGAAUUAGCUUCCAUAUUUAGUUAUUUGUAUGGUCUGAGUCUCUAGUAUUAUGUAUUCAAAAGUAUUUUUCUCUGAUGACAGUUUUAAUAAGUUUCUUGAAAAUUUUGAAGUCGAUUCUACGACGCAUUUUGUAGUAUCAUUUAAUAGAAACUUUAAUUUAACAGAUCCAACCAACGUAGAUAUUACCAAGUACAGAUUAAGAUGGAGUGAUACAACAACUACACCAAAAGUCCCCUAUAAUGGCAUCCCAUUUAUUAUAAUUGGUCACACAGUACGUGCGUGUCAAAAUGGACCAACAGCAAAACCUAAGGUUAGAAAAGAAUCCUCGGCCAAUACCACUUACACGCGGAAAAGAAAAUUAAUCCAAAAUUCAAAAAAAAAAGGAUGUGAAGCUUGUAUAAGAUGUAGAAAAAUUAUAACUUUCCCAGAAUACAAGAUAGAUGGUCAGCCAACAAAACACCUGAAAUUUAAAAAAAUGAAAGCAUUGACUAAUAAUUUUUCAAAUGCCGAAAAGAAACUUGAAAUACAUGCGAUGUUUCCAUCACCCUGUGAUCAUAGCAACCAUCCACUAGGGCAGUUGGCUGACUUUACUCAGGCACCAGAUGAAGUAGUUAUUAACAAAAUACACAAACUAGUGGAGGAAGGCGUCCGUGGCAUCAAAAAUGUAAAAAUAAAUCUGGAUACAUUUGUUGCUGAUUAUAUUCACGAGAACUUCCCAAAUACCAAAAUAAAUAAGACCAACAGACGUUUUUAUCUCACAGACAGAGAUAUUCGCAAUCAUGUACACCUUGCAUUAUCAAAACUUAAGAAAUCUGAAUUAGACAAAGGAGUAAGAUGUUUGCAGGAUGAAGAUAGAAAGACAGUCGUUGAGAUAGACGAUAUGGUUGUGACUGUUGACGCUAGUGACUUUUACCCUGGGGAUGAAGCUAAUCCAGGGGAAGAGGUACAUGUAGUUGUGAUGGUUGCUACCGGUGAAAUUUGCGCAGUAGUUACCGCCAAUCCACAGGAAGAUGUAGUUUUGCCUGUUGAUACUAGAGAAAUUUGCCCUGUGGUUGCCGCUAAUUCAGAGGAAGAUGUAGUUUUGCCUGUUGAUACCAGUGAAAUUUGCCCUGUGGUUGCCACUAAGCCAGGGGAAGAUGUAGUUUUGCCUGUUGACACCAGUGAAAUUUGCCCUGUGGUUGCCACUAAGCCAGGGGAAGAUGUAGUUUUGCCUGUUGACACCAGUGAAAUUUGCCCUGUGGUUGCCACUAAGCCAGAGGAAGAUGUAGUUUUGCCUGUUGACACCAGUGAAAUUUGCCCUGUGGCUGCCGCUAAUUCAGAGGAAGAUGUAAUUAUGCCUGUUGACACCAGUGAAAUUUGCCCUGUGGUUGCCGCUAAUUCAGAGGAAGAUGUAAUUAUGGCUGUUGAUAACAGUGAAUUUUGCCCUGUGGUUGCCCCUAAUCCGGGAGAUACUGUUUCAAAAUAGUUAAAGAACCAAAUGUACAAAAGUAACAUUGUAUCUACAUGUACAUGUAUGGUAAAUUUGUUUGCAUUCCUCAUUCUAACAUGGAUAAUUGGAUACGUUUAAAUUAUGUUGUUGAUGCAACCCCAGCCCUUUUCUAUUCUAUGAACUGAGUGUGCACUACAGUCAACCACAGACGUCUGUAGCAUGGAUUUAAAAACUAACAUUAAGCUAUGACUAACACUGUAACCCAGGAUUUAUUUAAUAAAAUAAAACCAAGUACGAACAAUCCAAACCAUAAGACAGAAUUCGAAGUCCUAAAAAAUGUCAUAGGCAAAAUAGUGUAUUCAAGCAAAAUAGUGUAAUCAGCAAAUGGACUGCUCCUCGUGAACAAAAUACAUGACAAACAGUGGUAACAGGUGUCCGGAAGAGUAAGCUUACCCUGCCUGGCGCCACACCCGCCAUAGCUGCAUCCAAACUAUUAGGCGAAAGGUCGGUAAAUAGCGUGAUUGGCCAAUGAACUAUCGGUAUGCAAAAUGCACGCGAUGAACUGUGUUAACGAUGUAGUAGACAUUAUCAGGGAGAUAGUAAUAGUAUACGUGUCAAUUAAAUAUAUCUAGAAUAAUAGCCGAGAGAGACACGUUAUAUUUACCAAUCAAAUCAAUAUGACGGCCAUAAAACUUUUUGAAGGUUUAUUUAAUCUUGUGUAUCUAGCAUUAAUUUCUUUAACAUUCAUUCAAUGUUAAAUCUUUGUUUAAAAAUUCUCAAAAAUCGUUUAAAAUCACCCAAAAGUCAUCUAAUUUAUACUUGUGUCUAGUUUAAAGCUGACCAUUCAGUUUUGAUACAGAGUGUCCAAUUUACAAAAGUUUAAUUUCUCGAUCACUGUUAAAAAAAUAAACAACCCAAUUGAUUAUUGAUGUAUAAUGACUAAUUUUUGAACUUGUAAAUUGGACACUCAUCAUCAAAAUUAAUAAGUCAGCUUUAAACUAGACACAAGUACAAAUUAGAUGAUUUUGGGUGAUUUUUGCAAAUUUUUAAACAAAGAUUUGAUAUUAAACGAAUGUGAAAUUUAUUAGUGCUAGAUCCACAAAAUUAAAUGAUACCCGGGUUACGGUGUAAGUGUAAUGUCUAAAGUCUGUUACGUCCAUGUUCGUAAGUGAGAUUAUCAAAUAACUUUUUUAAACAAAGAUUUGAUAUUAAACGAAUGUGAAAUUAAUUAGUGCUAGAUCCACAAAAUUAAAUGAUACCCGGGUUACGGUGUAAGUGUAAUGUCUAAAGUCUGUUACGUCCAUGUUCGUAAGUGAGAUUAUCAAAUAACUGGUCUGAUUCCGAUUUCUAACUCAGGGGCAAAUAACUCGUCUGAAACCGAUUCUCUUUCAGUAGAUAUAAUAAUACCAAGGUGAGAAACGGAUUGGAAUAAAAUAAUUGGGAUCAAAGUUUAGUGCUCUAGACUUCGUCAACCAGUGGCAAGACUCUAAUUUUUGCUAGGUAGACAAUCGAGUCCAUGAUGACGUUUUAAAAUUAUCCGUGUGACCCUUUUUAAGUCAUGUGGACAAUUUUUUUAAACUACAUCAUUUGAUCCCAAUUAUUUAAUUUCAAUCUGUUUCUCACCUUUGUAUUAUUAUACAUGUAUCUACUGCAAGAGAAUCGAUUUCAUAAGAGUUAUUGCCCCUGAGUUAGAAUUCGGAAUCAGACCAGUUAUUUGAUAAUCUCGCUUACGAACAUGGACGUAACAGACUUUAGACAUUAUACUUAGUUAUAGCUUGAUGUUAUUUUUGAAAUAUUUUCUACGCUACAGGCGUCUGUGCAGUCAACUGGGAGAAAGAAGUUUGUUGUCUUUGCUAUGAAGUGUGGCAGUUGUUGAAAUGCAUUAAAAUGUUUGUAAAUAUUAAAGAAUAAAACUCGA